AUGAGUCUGAGCAAGAAGGUCACCAUCUUGACCUUCUUCGGCGCACGGUCACUGGAUAUCAUCGCGACGGCCAUACAAGCAGCCUAUGUCUCUGGCUUCUCAUCGCCAAACCCCACUAAAGACCUUUGGAAGUGGACUCUUGUCACCCAGAUCAUCGAAUGCAUCACAAUACUCACAUCAUGUGUACCCUACCUUCGCCCUCUGAUCGAAUCUCUGCCCUCGGGUCUGUAUGCGACUGAUGAACUACGACGACGCGGCACCCCGUCAGAGCUUGGCUACUCAAGGAGUAAAAGCGGUUCCUACCAGCUCAGUAGCUCGCACACAAAUCCGAGGUCACCGCUGAGCGAAAAGCAAAGCCAUAAUCGAAGCCAGAGUCGGAAGUCACAAAACGAGCAUGGGUUCAAACGGUUCUUACCAAUGCUUUCGCAAGAAAGAACCACUCAUUCGAAUUCCGCGUCCGGUCUGCCAGGCGGCCCAAGACGGACGGAUGGACAUUCUGGCGUGGAGAUCUCGGCGGUGAAGAGGAAGGAUGGCGAGGACAGGAAAUGGGAAACAGAUAGUACGGGCAGCCAUUCGAAAAUCUUGAAGACGACAGUGGUCAGUGCGGAGUGGGAAGAAGUAGAUAGCACGAGCUCAGACACGGGUCAAGACAAGAUCGAGGUGAUGAGAUAG